AUUUUGUUAGGAUACAUGGCAUCAUGGACUCUAUCAAAUACCAACAGAUAUUAAAUGAAAACCUGACUGCCUCUGCCAGAAAGCUUCAAAUGGGCCGUGGUUGGAUCUUCCAGCAGGACAAUGAUCCAAAACAUCAUCAAAAUCAACACAAACAUGGUUUACUGACCACAAAAUCAAGGUCCUGCCAUGACCAUCCCAGUCCCCUGACCUGAACCCCAUACAAAACCUGUGGGGUGAACUGAAGAGGAGAGUCCACCAGCGUGGACCUGAAAUGUGAAGGAUCUGGAGAGGUUCUGUAUGGAGGAACGGUCUCAGAUCCCUCGCCAUGUAUUCUCCAACCUCAUCAGGCGUUAUAGGAGAAGACUCAGAGCUGUUAUCUUGGUAAAGGGAGCUAGCACAAAGUAUCGACUAAAAUCGUGCCAAUAUUUGUUGCACACCUAUAUUUAACAAAGAUGUAUAUUUUUUUAAUAAACCUGUGUUUGUGUUCGCAAUUGUUUGAUAUCCAUGAGAGCAGAGCCUUGUUUGCUUCAUAUUAACCACGGUGUGUAUAUAUAUACCUUAACUUCUUAUGGAUUAGUAUUAAUGUAUAAUGUAAACAUUUCUUCAAAAACAGUUCAAAUGUCAACACUUGAUCUUUUUUACCCCCAUUAAAACGUAAAUCAGUCUUUAAAAAAAAAAACAAAUCCGACCCCUUGAUCUGAAAUGUGCAUCACACAGUGUGUAAACACACAGUUAAUGCAUUUAUUUAUGUGCAAUGCUUGACCACAGUCAAGAGAAUCAUAUUUACUAAAUAAAUUCUUUAAAAAAAAAAAAAAAGAAAAUACAUUUUUAAAAUAAAUGAGAUUAACGAAAACAAUCCAAAUGUCAAAAAGGGAAAUAUAUAUAUAUAUAUAUUUUAUAAAUAAAAAAUCUGACCCCUAAAUAAAGAAUUUAACUUAACGAAAGUGAAGACAAUCUACACUUUCACACUAUUUAAAAGCUUUCCAAGACCUCCAGACAUAAAGAAGGGAAUCAGAUCUUUUUUUUUUUGUACUUUUUAUUUUUAUUUUUGUGGAAAUAAACUCUUAACUGAAGCUCUAGACCUUCACAAAGUCAUUUCAGUCUUAAUGUAAGUAAUGUAUUUCCCCUCUGUUGGAAUUGCCCCAGCAUGACCCCUUUUCUUUUAAUGCUUAUAAAAUUUGUCAAUGUUUCAGUGUCAUUUGUGUUCGUGCGUGAUUUUCCUCCCCCCAUUGUUGACUUGGAGAGGGUGGAGUGUUCCCUCGUUCCCUUCCCUCCCUGCCUGUAUAUAAGCAGCAGCGUUCGAGACGGCAGACACGAGACACGAGAGCUACGUUUGAGCUGCACCUCUGCUCCGACCCUCCACGUCCACUACACAACUCAGCUGACACGAUGAAGUCUUGUUUGGCGCCCGUAGCCAUGGUGCUGUGUGUCCUGGUGUGUGUGGCGGAGGCAUACCCGCCCAAACCCGAACCUCCGGCGGGAGACGCGGGACCCGAGGAACUGGCCAAGUAUCACACGGCGCUGCGCCACUACAUCAACCUGAUCACCAGGCAGAGAUAUGGGAAGAGAUCCUCUCCUCAGGUAGAGAUGGCCGAGCUGCUCUUCGGUGAUGAGGAACAGGACGUGAGGCCGCGAAUGGACAGAAUGGAUGACGGUUUGACCUGGUAGUCGUCUCUCACUGCAUUCCUCGUUUGUCAUCCUUCUUCAUCCCGUUUCUCUCUCCGCCGUCUCUCCGGAGGUUAUACCAAACAGCCAAAGUAGCAUCAAAAUAUUGGCACAUCUCUCUCUGUCUCUCCCUCUCUCUCUCUCUCUCUCUGUGUAUCUGUAUCCGUCUGUUUUAAAAAGUUUUCUGUGGAGCGACAAUUGUAAAUAAUUUGUUACUCACCCAAUUGCGAAUAAUAAAGAAUGACUAAAUGUUUAAAAUGGGCUUUGACUUCAUGAAAACUAAUCACGU